GUUGGAAAAAGGACUUUGUGAAACUGCAGCGAUGUCAGUCCAGGUUGUGGCAGCGAAAAUGGCAGAGGUCGAGCUCAAAGACGUCCCCGCCGGCAAAGACUUGCCGGCUGGUUCCCCGAUGACACCGACCUCGGAGGGCAAGAACCUCACCAGAAACGACCCGCACGAGGCCGGGUCCUCAGCUGCUGCUUCCCCCACAGCAGAGCCCUCCGCGAAAGCCGGGGAAGGCAGCCUGGGUUUGCUCACCGCGAACCCCGCAAAGAUGCCCCAGGCGUCGGCUAUGAAGCGGUCGGACCCGCAGCAGAACGGCGGAGAGGCUUUUGUCAAUCGUGACGGUACCGUUGCCGAAGCACCGCGGAUGAAAAAGAUCCAGUUUGCGGACCAGAAACAGGAGUUCAACAAGCGUCCCUCCAAGAUCGGCCGGCGCUCUCUGUCCCGCUCCAUCUCUCAGUCCUCCACAGACAGCUACAGCUCAGCGGCAUCUUACACGGACAGCUCUGACGAUGAGACAUCUCCUCGGGACAAGCAGCAGAAGAACUCCAAGGGCAACGGAGACUUCUGCAUCAAAAACAUCAAACAGGCCGACUUCGGACGCAGAGAGAUCGAGAUUGCCGAGCAAGAGAUGCCAGCCCUGAUGGCUCUGAGGAAGCGAGCCCAGGGGGAGAAACCCCUCGCCGGUGCCAAAGUGGUGGGAUGCACCCACAUCACUGCUCAGACUGCCGUGCUGAUGGAGACUCUGUCAGCUCUGGGGGCUCAGUGCAGAUGGGCAGCCUGCAACAUCUACUCCACCCAGAAUGAAGUGGCAGCUGCCCUGGCAGAGGGAGGGUUCAGUGUAUUUGCAUGGAAGGGUGAGUCCGAGGACGACUUCUGGUGGUGCAUCGAUCGCUGUGUCAACGUGGAAGGCUGGCAACCCAACAUGAUCUUGGAUGACGGUGGAGACCUGACUCAUUGGAUCUACAAAAAAUACCCCAACAUGUUCAAGAAGAUCAAGGGUAUCGUUGAGGAGAGUGUUACUGGUGUGCACAGGUUGUACCAGCUGUCUAAGGCGGGAAAGCUGUGUGUUCCCGCCAUGAACGUCAACGACUCUGUGACUAAGCAGAAGUUUGACAACCUCUACUGCUGCAGGGAGUCCAUCUUAGAUGGCCUGAAAAGGACCACCGACGUCAUGUUUGGAGGCAAACAGGUGGUGGUGUGUGGGUACGGCGAGGUGGGAAAAGGCUGCUGCGCUGCCCUCAAAGCAAUGGGCUCCAUCGUCUACGUCACAGAGAUCGACCCCAUCUGUGCCUUGCAGGCGUGCAUGGAUGGCUUCAGGCUGGUGAAACUGAAUGAAGUCAUCAGACAAGUGGACAUAGUCAUCACCUGCACAGGCAACAAGAACGUGGUGGUGAGAGAGUACCUCGACCGCAUGAAGAAUGGCUGCAUUGUCUGCAACAUGGGACACUCCAACACCGAGAUCGAUGUGGCAAGCCUGAGGACUCCCGAGCUGACAUGGGAGAGAGUGCGCUCUCAGGUGGACCACGUCAUCUGGCCUGACGGCAAGAGGAUAGUGCUGCUGGCUGAGGGUCGCCUGCUGAAUCUCAGCUGUUCCACUGUUCCCACUUUCGUGCUCUCCAUUACCGCCACGACCCAGGCUCUGGCUCUGAUAGAGCUGUACAACGCCCCAGAGGGACGCUACAAACAGGAUGUUUACCUGCUGCCCAAGAAGAUGGAUGAGUAUGUGGCCAGCCUUCAUCUCCCUACCUUUGACGCACAUCUCACAGAGCUGACCGAUGAGCAGGCCAAGUAUCUGGGCUUGAACAAGAACGGGCCCUUUAAGCCAAACUACUAUAGGUAUUAAACCAGUGCUGGGGUUGUACUGAAGAAAUGCAAAUACUCCAUGAAUGGCACAGACUCAUAGAGGGAGAGGAGACGGACAGAAGGAAGGAUGGACAGAAUAGUCAACACACCUGCUUUAUAUUUGGGGGGGAAGGGGGAGGAGCUCUGACCGAGCCUGAGGGGAAGGGGGCGGGCAGAUAGGCGUGGCUUUCCCCACGCUUAUGGCAGUCGUUUUAUUUAUUCACGCUUGACAACCAUAAUGAUAGCAUUAACUCUAACUCUGCCAUUAGCUAGCUCCCAGACGUCUUCCUCUCGAAGACGUUUUACUUCCCUGCCACUCGUCAUUUCACCACCAUUAUCAAUUUAGACACUCAUUUGUGUGUCGAGUUGUAUGUAAGUCCUCCAUCCUCCCUUCCCAUUGCCAGAUCUUUUAUUGUUUAACUAUUAAAGAUGAAAUUAUUGAUGCUAAAAAGAUAUAUACUAUAUUAAAAAAAAACUUAAUUAAAAAAAUCUGUGUGAAUGAAGACGACGAAGAUUUAGUGACAGACAUUUUUUCCUAUCCUUUUUUUGUUGUUGUUGUCUUUUCUUUUCUACUUGUGAUUAUGUUUUCAUUUUUCUCUUGUGUAAUAUUGCGAGGGCGGGGUUAGACCUAGUGGGAGGGGGUUAGGCGGGAUCUCAGGGUCCAAUCAUAUCAUGUCUUUUAUUUGAUCGUUUCGAGAUUCAUCGUCGUGUCUGUUUUUAAACAUUUUUUAUGGGUUCUGUCCAUUCAGAUCAGCCUGUAGUUUGUCAUAAUUUGAUUUUUUUUUUUUUUUUUUUUAAUAUGACUGGAUGGUGACCUGUUCUUCCCACCUGUCACUCGAAGCCACAGUGAAACCAUCUCAUUGGCUGCUUCUUUGUUCCAGCUGCUCACAUGGCGCCAGUGUUGAAGUAAUGAGAAGUAUUUCAGACUAGUGAGAGCUAACCUUUUCAUUUUGCCUUUCCCUUUACCAAGAAUGACUAUACUGUAUUAGAAGCAUGGCAGGUUGUCAGAUCAUUACAAGGGGUAUACUGUAUAUUUAGAUAUUUAUAUUGAAAUUAAGAUUUUUCUAUCUUUUUCUCUCCUGCGCCAUCUAAUAUCAUCACUUUUUGAAAAAAAUCAACAUGUCAUAAAGAUAAGCAAUUAAAUGUUCUAAUGAUAAGUGUAAUAAAUGUACUUAAACCCACAUUUUGAAUACUGUGACAGAGAAAUAUUUACAUACCAAAUGUGCAGCAAGUCGCUGCCUGGCCGGUACUUAAGCGGAUAUCUUCAAUCAGGUCCUCACUGAAAAGUAUGGUGCUGUUAAGAUUUACUGUACUUACCAUACACACCACAACACUUUGGUACUCACUGAUAGUUCAUCUUAAAAAAUAAAAUCUGGGAUCUGAAUUCCGCCUUGCAUCCAAGUAAAACAUUCAACUUUUCUGCAAAUUCAUGGGAUUGUUUUGAAAGAACUCCAAAAUAUCUCUGACAUAUUUUAGUUUCUUCUUCUCCACCUGAAAGGCUUAGAUUCUACCGGUAUAAUGAGCUGCACAGUCGUCAACCUCUGCAGCUCAUCCCCAGCUGACCUGACGGUGGAAAUUAGAAAGUCCCGACACUUACCUGACAGCCAAAUGCACCCCGCCGCUAUACUGGCUCUGCACCUGAUCCAAUCAGAUUCUCUGCUAACCUGCUGUGACACGCUGCCAGCGCUGCUCUCACAGUGAGGGAUCAAAUGCUUAAACACACAUACAGUUGCUCAUUAUCCAGGUCUGGAAAUUGACUGAUCUUUAUAUGGAAGAUAAAAGUGUUUUGUUUUUGUUUUUGUUUUUUUACAGCUUUGAAGCAGGAGGAAAUAGCACAAACAGCUUUGUUUACUAGUUGAAUAAAUUAAUUUGCUUACUCAAAAUACAAAUAUGCCUACACAUUUCAUGCAAUUCUGUUUGUGUGUGACAUGAGUUAUAUCACUGUGUGUAAUAUUACAAACCAACCAAAAUCUAUAAAAGAAUAGUUCAGCAGCUUUGGAAAUAAGCUUAUUUGCUUUCUUGCCCAGAAUUGAGAAAAUAUAUCACUCUUGAGUUUAUACAAUAAAUGUGUUUUUGGAGCAAGCAGCCAGUUAGUUUAAGUUAGCAUAAAGCUAAAAAGGUUAACAAAAUCUAACCACCAGCACCUCUAAACCUCAAUUUUUGUACAACUUAAAUAAAACAGAUGCAACAUGUUAGUUUGUGAGCUUUAAAGGUGUUGGUAGGGCGAUUUGUAUCAUCUUUGGAGAGAGCCAGGCUAGCUGUUUCCCCCUGCUUCCAGUCUUUAUGCUAAGCUAAGCUAACUGUCGCCUGACCCCAGCUGCAUAUUUGGUGGCUUUAAUCUUCUCGCCUAACUCUCACAAACAAUUUCAAACUGCUGCUGUUAACUCUGGUAACAAAUUCAAGUCAAUUGAAAUUUUCAAGGUGUGUAGGGACCUCUCCGACAAGAUCCUGCACUGUGUCACAGCCCAUACGACCUCAAUGUCACAUUGUUCCCUGCCAAUGUGUGCAUUUCUCUGUCUCCUUGUGCUGUUGAGAAUCCCCUCUCAAAGUAGCGUGACCCGUUGUCAGUGUAGUUCUCAAACCUGUUGUCUUGCGUCUUAUUUUUCCCCCUUUUUUUUGUAAGUGUGAAUGUGUGUUAAAGUGUAUGUGACCUCUUGAGAGCGAGCCGGUUAUAGAUAGGUGUGUGUGUGUGUGUGUCUAAAUAUCUUUCUGUGUCUGCACCCAUCUUUGGUUUUUGUAGGCAAUGGUUGCUUCGUUAACAGCUGCCUCAGGAUCCUAGCCUGUGUGUUAGGGGGAGAAACCAUUUUUUUGUUUUGUCAGCCGCAAGCUGGCCAACACAUGGGUGGGCGGGGGACGACACCAGCAUCAUAUAUGUAUAUACCUACUAUAUACAGAUAUGACAACCUUUAAAAGUAUAGGAAGGUUAAAAAAAAAAAAACUCAACUCCUGUAUUUAUUGUUGUAAAUCCUCAUACAGUGCAAA